AUGAGUUUGGCAGCUGGGGCGGGCGGCCGGGCCGGGGGGCGCCUGGGCCUGAGGGCGCCCUGGGGACUCCCCUUUUUCGUGGGGCUGUCGCCGCUGCUGCUGCUGCUGCUGCUGCUGCACCUGCAGGCGGGGAGCCAGGCCAGAGCCUCCAGCCUCCCCGCGGGGCUGUUCCCUCCUCGCUUUAACGUGAGCCUGGAUGAGGCGGCCACGCAGCGCUGGCUGCCCGUGCUGCGGCACUUUGACCCCGGCUUCCUGCGGGAGGCCUUGGCCACCAUCAUCGGGGAGUCCGUUCCUAGCUGGGUUCGUGCUGUGAUCAAGCCAGUGGCAGAAGAGAUGGAGAAAUUCCUGCCUCAGCCCUUUGAAGGCGAGAUUCGAGGGAUGUGUGACAGCCUGAACCUAGAUGUUGGGAACUGUAUCCUCAUCAAUCUUGCCUAUGAGUUUAGUGCAUUCUGCACCAGCAUCAUUGCCCAGGAUGUCGGUGGCAACAUCUACCAUGGCCGGAACUUGGAUUAUGCUUUUGGAAGUCUUCUGAGAAAGCUGACUGUAGAUAUUCAGUACAUAAAGAAUGGGCAGAUCGCAUACACAGGGACUACCUUCGUGGGAUACGUCGGCUUAUGGACCGGCCAAAGUCCGCACAAGUUUACUGUUUCUGGGGACGAGCGAGAUAAAGGUUUUUGGUGGGAGAAUGCCGUGGCAGGUCUUCUCAGAAAACACUGUCCUGUGAGCUGGCUUGUCAGAAAUACUUUGGAAGAAGCUGAGGAUUUCGAAGCUGCUGUGAUCAAACUGGCCAAAAUACCCAUUAUUGCAGAUGUUUACUAUAUUGUCGGAGGCACAUCACCCAAGGAGGGAGUGGUAAUCACGAGAAAUAGAGGUGGUCCUGCAGACAUCUGGCCUCUUGAUCCCACAAAUGGACAGUGGUUCCGAGUUGAGACAAAUUAUGAUCACUGGAAACCACCUCCCAAAUGGGAUGACCGAAGAACACCUGCCAUCAAAGCCCUUAAUUCAACUGGACAAGAAAAUAUCAACUUGGAUACACUUUUUAAGGUUUUGUCAGUGUUUCCAGUUUUGAACAAUCUCACAAUUUAUACCACAGUAAUGAGUGCAGCAAAGCCAGACAAGUACACGACUCAGAUCCGAAACUGAGGGAGAAAGACGUGAAAAAAAAAUUGAAUUCUCUAGGAGCUGCAAUUAAAAAAAUAAAACCAACCAAAUGCAUUGUAAUUCUUUGUGAAAGGCAUCCACUUUAGACUGCUCUACCACAUCCACAUGGGACUCUUUGGAACCAGUUUUAGCAAGGAAUGAUGACAGCUGCUGCCCAAAGGCAUUGAAUUUUUUAAUCAAUCACCAAUGAAAUUCAGAAUUUCCCUAUUUUUAUUUUGAAGAUCCUUAAAAGAAAAAAAGUGGAUGCUGUGGGUCUUACCUCUCAGUCCAUCUAAGAAUUCAUGCUGUUAAUAAAUGCAUAGAAGGACUCUCUCCGUGUUGAAGGCUAUCCGCCAGGAAAGGGAUUUGGAGAAGACACAUGAGCUAUUGUAAAGUGUGAGCAUUGAUGCUUUCCGUUUUGGAUAAUGAAAGUGUGAUCUUUUAUUAUAUUUUUCUAUGCAACUGGUAUUUUUGAUCUCUUAUGAAUUUUCUGUUUAAAAUUUCUGUUACACUUGAGUCAGUUUAAAAAAAAAACUAGCCUAUUUUCUUACUGCUUCCAAAUAAUGAUCCGUCAUCCCAGCCAUUGCUAUGAUUAUGUCCCUUGCUGGGCUGGGCAACAUAGUGUUAGGGAUACUGAUAUGUCAUUCCGAACAAUUAAAUAAAAGUUUUAUAGAGAUACUGUA